AUGUUGCCAAGCUCGCCCUAUGCGGAUGUGGAUUUUGCGGAGGAUGCGGUGGAGGAUUUGGAUGUGGACGUCGAUGUGGAUGCAUACUCGCCUUUCGAGUUUACAAAUAUUAACUACAAUUCGCUGGAUGAAUCAUUCUCAAAAUUCGAAUAUUGCUAUCUGAAGUCUGUGAAUCGAACAUACAAAUACAUGUCCCUAAAAGUGAAUCCUCUCAAGUUGCCUAUUCGCAAAAUUAAACAUGAUGUCCAGGUGGAUAAAUUACCAUAUUCUUAUUUUAGCUACCAAUUGACGCUUAUAUUGCCAUUUCCGGAAGGUGACUAUGGGUUUUUCAGCAUUUGGUAUGCAGAUGGAAUUAAACGCGCAAUGCUAACGCCUAUGGCACACUAUCCUCCCCUAGUAUUAAAAAAAAAAUAA